GAAUGACGAUGUGGGUGGUUUUUGGAACAAGGUGGUCUCUUUGUAAGAAGGCAAGUGAAACAUGGGUGUGGACAGAGUAUAUAGGUUCCUUGUGGUCACGACACUGGAUUCCUUUCUACUCUUUCAUAUCCAGCUACCAGUUUGGGUCCUCUUUUCAUCCUACAUACUUCUACACACUCUCGUCGACUACCAGAAAGAGCCGCAUACCGCUUAGGCCGACCAAUCACACCACAAAAAAUCACACCCCUAACCACAAUGUCCUUCGUCCGCUACCACCACUCGCACUCCCGCGAGCGCAACAACGACGACGACCCUUUCUACACUGCGCGCCCCCUCGUCCGCCGCAACUCUAAGCGCCAGCGCCUCGACAUCUACGACGACGAUGAGUACGACGACUACCCCUACUCGUCGUCCCAUCGCCCAGCCAAGCCGUCCCGCGCCCUAACCAUCCGCAACCAGCCCUCCCAGCUCGAAAAAUACAACGUCUGGUCCAGCCCUUCCACCUCACACGACUAUUCACCCCGUCGUCGCGCCGACGACGAUGAGGACGACGACGACUACGCAGGCAGCCGCUACAAAUACACAGUCAAGCGGUACACCACCCGGCCCUCACACUCGGAUGACGAAGACGAGCGCGAGAGGGAGUUCCGGCUCAAAGUCAAGGCGACGUUUGGUCGGCCCAAGUCGUCGCACUCCUCUUCGCACAGGGCGACGGCUUGGUCGGGCGAUCUGUUCCGGCGGCGCGAGAAGUGGGAGGACGAGGACUACGAGAGCAGGGACAGGGAGCGCGGGGAUGCGUUUUGGGAUGAGGAGAGGGAGAGGGAGAGGACGGUGCGAUAUCGCCGGAUUAAGAGGACGAAGACCGAGGAGUGGAAGCCAUUGAGUGGGUGGAGGAGGGUGUGAGCGGGUUUCCCUUUUUGGCUUUCUCUUUCUUUCUUUUCGACUAUUUUUUUUUGGGUAGGCGUGGGACGUGGAGGAUAGACUGAUUCACGUGGGAUGGAUGCCUAGACUGCUUCUUCGAUGGCUUGAUUUUCGGCGCUGGGGAUGGGAGAUCGGGGAUGGCGUUCCGGUACCGAAUGGGGUUUCGCUCUGCUCUGUUCGUUGGUGUUUCGUUAGGAAGGCAUGUCGAAGCUAGAUACCCACAGAAGCAGUAACGAAUGUAUGAUGUGUAUGAGUAGGAGAAGCAAAUUCCAAGGAACCACGACGUUGAUUGCUGUGA